GAAGUACAUCUGGGUUAUAAGAAAGGCAGAGCUCUGCUUAUACACGGGACAUGAAAACUGCAGUAAAAGGAAAUGUUUUCUUUUUCUCCUCCAACCCCUGCUGCUGCUGCUGCUGUCGCGCGUGAGCCGAAUGAUUUUUGACCGAUUGCUGCAUGUAGCGGGCGCGCGCACGCGUUAAGAGUCGCGCGCAACAAAGCAGCAGCCACACAAGAGAGAGAGAGAGAGAGAGAGAGAGAGAGAGAGAGAGAGAAAAGAGAGAAGCCCGAACAUCCAGCAACUGUCCAAUAUAAAACCAACUUGACCGCGGGGAAACCUGUAGACUGAAAUAUGCAGCCGCUGAGGGACACGACAAGAAACCAGAUGUGCGAUGUCCAGAUGCGUUUUCCAAGAUAACCAAACCGUGGUAUUCACACUUAUUUCGUUUUCCUACUUUUUAUUUACAGUCUUUAUGGUGAUAUGUAACUCGUACACAGACUGGCGCGGUUGGAGACGAUGGAGGACUUUGUGAACACGAACUUCUCCAACUUUUCCAGGCAGGAGAACUCCGGGUCUUCGGGCGGCUCUCAGGCGCUGCGCUUCUUGAUCUCGCUCAUUUACGCGUUUGUGUGCGCCUUGGGUCUGGUGGGCAACGUGCUGGUGUUUUUCCUGAUGAGGUCCCGUCAGGGAAGGAGGCCGUCCACGAUCAACCUGUUCAUCAUGAACCUGGCGGCUACCGACUUCCAGUUCGUGCUGGUCAUGCCAUUCUGGGCCGUGGAAAUUGCGCGUGAUUUCAGCUGGCCGUUCGGACACAUCAUGUGCAAAGUGGUGCAAUCGGUCACGGUGAUGAACAUGUACGCGAGCGUGUUCUUCCUCACGGCCAUGAGCAUCACGCGCUACUCGGCCGUCGCGUCGGCACUGAAGGACCGCAGUCGGCACUGUGCGUGCCCGGGCCGCUGGGCCAGCGCGCUGCUUUGGCUCCUCGCCACGAUCGCCACAACACCGACCAUCAUCUUCUCCGCGCAAAAGAAAGUGUUCGGUGAUAACCUGUGCUUGAUAAGUUUCCCCAGCAACCACUUGCUCGGCUUGUACCACCUCCAGAAAAUUUUAAUCGGCUUCGUUUUCCCCAUGCUGAUCGUGUGCGUCUGCUACGUGCUGCUCCUGCGCUUCCUGAGUCUCCGCAGCAUGAACAACAACCUUCUCAGGCGCAAAUCAAGGGUCACUCGGUCAGUGACAGUCGUCGUGCUGUCGUUUUUCAUCUGCUGGAUGCCAAACCAAGCCGUGACGUUCUGGGGCGUCCUGGUAAAGCUGGACGUCGUGAACUUUGACCGUGCGUACUACUUUGUCCAGACGUACAUUUUCCCAGUGGCGUCUUGCCUGGCGCACGCCAACAGUUGCUUAAAUCCGGUCUUGUACUGCCUCACGAGAAGGGAGUUUAGGAAAAUGCUCAAAGACUUGUUUUGGAGGAUUUCCUCUCCGUCGAUGUCGAACAGCUGCCAGAUUCGCCCGUUCUCCGGUAGUGGUAAAGGAGAGCGCGAGGACAGCCAGGCAGUGAUUCCACUCAAUGUAGUAGAUCGCGAGCAGUACAGACUGUCUCUGUUUAAUGCUCAGUGCGACACCAGCCCUACAGUUAAUGGCUCGCUGUGACAUAAAGGUAAAAUAAUGCACAAGGAUCGAAAUUACAAGCAUACAGUUUGGCUAAUGCGUCCUUUGUGCAUGCAAACGUGCAGUGUUAAAGUAUUGAAUUAACACUUACAGUAUUGUAAUUAGAUCUACUCCCUCCAGAGAAGAGGCCCGUGUGGCCAAUCAGCACACACAGGCUCUUAAUUAACACAUAAAAGCAUUCAGUCUAUUUUUUUUUUUAUCAGAGUAACACGCGCAAUGCGCAUUUGUGUCCACACUGACUUGUAUAAAUUGCUUAUUGCUGCUUUAACACCGUAGACGUGAACUGAAAAGUUUGGCUUUUUUGGCUGUUAUUUGAAAAUACUAAAUAUGUAUAUAUUGUACAUUUUCACUAGUGGUGUACACACACACACACACACACACACACACACACACACACACACACACACACACGUGUGCGCACGGAACCUGUUUUAUUGUACAGUGAAAUGUUAAUAAACCCAUGCUUGAACUCACAGGCAUCCUUUACAUCACAUUCGUAUUCGAAAGAAACGUUUACUAAUUCAAUUUGGCGAACAAUUAUAUUCAGUGUUGUGUAAAUGUCCUGAACCGUGUCCUAGUGUUUACCAUUUAAAACAGACCUACAUUUUUAUUAAUUUCUCUUUUUUGUCUGUGAAAUACAGCAUGUUCUUCAGUUUUUAAGCUUCUGCCUUGUGUCAUAAAAGUGUACAUAUGCUCUUAAUAAUCUGUCGGUUAUGCCCCAAAGGAAAUGAAUGUACACACUCUGACUAGGCUUCUGAUUGUAAUGUGAGUAAUAAAGUCUUAUCUUAUCGA